AUGACCCACCCUCCUAGAGUUUGGAGGUUUGUCACUUGGUUUAGGUGGAAUAUCCACUCCCUAGCGGAAGCUUUAGUUCAUUGGUCACCUUUUGUUGAAUUGCUUGAUGUUAUCUUUGAACGACCUUCAAUUUUUCUACUACCUUCUAUUGGAUCUAAAAGUUCUCUAUUGACACUCGUCCAUGUGCUUCUUAAGGCUGUUGUUCUCUGUCGAGACUCGUCCAUGUGCUUCUUAAGGUUGUUAUCUGUCGGUUGUUCUCUGUCGGUACUUGUUCAUGUGCUUCUUAAGGUUGUUCUUUGUCGAUACUCAUCUAUGUGCUUCUUAAGACUAUUAAUGAUGGUUGCAAAUUCUUUAUCUCUUCUCGAGUUCUUUGUGGACACUCGUCGACACUCAUCCAUAUGCUUCUUAAGUUCUUUGUGGACACUCGUCCAUGUGCUUCUUAAGGCUAAUAAUGACGGUUGCAAAUUCUUUAUCUCUUCUCGAGUUCUCUGUGGACACUCGUCCAUGUGCUUCUUAAGGUUGUUCUUUGUCGACACUCGUCCAUGUGCUUCUUUAGGUUGUUCUCUGUCGACACCCAUCCAUGUUCUUCUUCAGGUUGUUCUCUAUCGACAACAGUCCAUGUACUUCUUCAGGUUGUUCUCUGUCGACACCCGUCCAUGUGCUUCUUCAAGAUGUUCUUUGUCAACACCCAUCCAUGUGUUUCUUGAGGUUGUUCUCUGUCGACACCUGUUCAUGUGCUUCUUCAGGUUAUUCUCUGUCGACACCCUCCAUGUGUUUCUUGAGGUUGUUCUUUGUCGACACCCAUCCAUGUGCUUCAAGCUGUUAAUGACAGCUGCAAAUUCUUUAUCUCUUCUUGAUUUCUCAGUCGACGCUCGUCCUCUUCUUGACUUCUCUGUCGACACUCAUCCAUGUGUUUCUUAA